GCGGCGCAGACUCGGGGUGAAGAUGCGGCGGGCGCCCCUGGAGGGGGCGCAGAGAGAACCGAAGGAAGGAGCACCUCAUCCCAGUGUUCCCCUGGACUCUCCGCCGUCGCUACCAGCACGGUUCCCGGCUGCAGCGGGAGUCCGCUGAGGGGACCGAGCCGCCAGCCGCUCUCAUCCGGCCAGCCCUAGUCCCCCGGGAACUCAGGCUAGCCCUAUACUACCGGUUAGCUACCGCCUGUCGCACACCCGGCUAGCCUUCUUCCUAAAGGAAGCGCGGCCACUGACGCCGGCAGCGAUCAACGGCUCCCUACAGCGCUCGGAGCCCUUCGUGGUGUUCCAAACCAAGGAGUUGCCGGUCCUCAACGUGUCCCUGGGGCCCUUCAGCACCAGCCAGGUGGUGGCACGGGAGCUUUUGCAGCCGUCCAGCACCCUGGACAUCCCCGAGCGCUUGACGGUUAACUGGAAAGUGCGCGCCUUCAUCGUGCGCGCCCGUGUGCCCGCUUCGCAGCCCGUAGCACAGGUGCUUUUCUAUGUGGCCGGCCGCGACUGGGACGACUUCGGGGUCACCGAGAGGCUGCCCUGUGUCCGCCUGCAUGCCUUCCGCGAUGCACGGGAGGUGCGGAGCUCAUGUCGCUUGGGCGGGGCUUUGGCCACCUGCUUGGUGCGCGCGGAGCUGCCCCUGGCCUGGUUCGGACCCCCGGCCCCGGCCGCGCCGCCCAGCGCCCGCCGCAAGUCCCCCGACGGACUGGAGCCGGAGGCGGCAGCGGAGAGCCAGCAGGUUGAGCUCUACUAUACGCUGCACGCCCCCGAUGCGUCGGGCGGCUGCGGGAGCGCGCGGCGCGGGCCCGGGCCCGGGCCCGGAGCGGCUGCGCGCGCCGAGAGCCCCACGCAGCACCCACUGCUGCGCAUCGGCAGCAUCAGUCUGUUCCGGCCGCCGCCGCGCAGGGCCGUGCAGGAGCACAGGCUAGACAGCAACCUGAUGAUCCGCCUGCCCGACCGGCCACUCAGGCCUGGAGAGGUACUCAGUAUCCUCCUCUACCUGGCACCUAACUCCUCCUCAGCUGCCAGCCCCAGCGUGGAGCACUUCACACUUAGGGUGAAAGCCAAGAAGGGUGUGACCCUCUUAGGCACCAAGUCUCGAAGUGGCCAGUGGCGUGUGACUUCAGAGCUGCUAACUGGGGCAAAGCAUUCAACAGCCACUGUGGAUGUGGCCUGGGCCCUGGACACACCCCUACCCCCUUGGGAGGGUCAGGGACCCCUGGAGAUCCUGCAGCUAGACUUUGAGAUGGAGAACUUCACCAGCCAGUCCGUGAAGCGGAGGAUCAUGUGGCACAUCGAUUACCGAGGCCACAGUGCCCUGCCCGACCUGGAGCGAGCUGUCACUGAGCUGACAGUCAUCCAAAGGGAUGUCCAAGCCAUCUUGCCUCUAGCCAUGGACACAGAGAUCAUCAACACUGCCAUCCUGACGGGGAGGACUGUAGCCAUUCCCGUCAAGGUCAUUGCUAUCGAGGUGACUGGCCUUGUCCUGGAUGUUUCUGACCUAGUGGAGUGCCAGUCUCACAGUGAGGACAUCAUCAAGGUGUCCAGCAGCUGUGACUAUGUGUUUGUAAGCGGGAAGGAGUCUCGAGGGUCCAUGAACGCCAGAGUCACCUUCCGCUAUGAUGUCCUCAGUGCCCCCCUGGAAAUGACAGUCUGGGUCCCCAAGCUACCUCUGCACAUCGAGCUCUCAGAUGCUCGCCUCAGCCAAGUGAAGGGAUGGAGGGUGCCUAUCCUUCCCGACAGAAGGUCAGCUCGAGAGAGUGAAGAUGAGGAGGAAGAGGAAGAGGAACGAAGACAGAGUGCCAACAGAGGCUGUACCUUGCAAUACCAGCAUGCCACCCUGCAGGUCUUCACCCAGUUCCACACAACGUCCUCUGAGGGCACUGACCAGGUGGUCACCAUGUUGGGCCCCGACUGGCUGGUGGAAGUCACUGACCUGGUUAGUGACUUCAUGAGGGUGGGUGACCCCCGAGUGGCCCACCUGGUGGACAGCAACACACUGGCAGGACUGGAGCCAGGCACCACUCCCUUCAAGGUGGUAUCCCCCCUGACUGAGGCUGUGUUGGGGGAGACAUUGCUGACGGUGACGGAGGAGAAGGUCAGUAUCACACAGCUGCAGGCCCAGGUGGUGGCCAGUCUCACCUUGUCCCUGCGGCCCAGCCCUGGGAGCAGCCACACCAUCCUGGCCACCACAGCUGCACAGCCCACCCUCAGCCUUGUCAAGCAGGAAGCCCUGCUGAGUCUGUGGCUCUCCUACAGUGAUGGAACCACAGCCCCGCUCUCUCUGUACAGUUCCCGGGACUACGGGCUUUUGGUGAGCAGCCUGGAUGAGCGGGUGGCCACUGUGACCCAGGACAAGGCUUUCCCGCUGGUGGUGGCCGAGGCAGAGGGGUCAGGAGAUCUGCUCCGUGCAGAGCUCACCAUCUCCGAGAGCUGUCAGAAAACCAAGCGCAAGAGUGUGCUGGCUACUACUCCUGUGAGCCUGCGGGUACACUUUGGGCGGGAUGAGGAAGAUCCCACAUACGACUACCCAGGGCCCAGCCAACCCGGGCCUGGUGGGGGCGAGGACGAAGCCCGGGGAGCUGGUCCACCCGGCACUGCCAUUCCCGCUGGUGAAGUCCCUGGAUUGGGCACUGCCGGCCCAGUGCCACCCACAGAGGACUACUUGCCGCUGCCCACCGGCUUCUUGCAGAUGCCGCGGGGGCUGACGGACCUAGAGAUUGGUAUGUACGCCCUGCUGGGGGUCUUCUGCCUUGCCAUCCUUGUCUUCCUCAUCAACUGCAUCGUGUUUGUGCUGCGAUACAGGCACAAGCGCAUCCCUCCCGAGGGCCAGACCAGUAUGGACCAUUCUCACCACUGGGUGUUCCUGGGCAACGGGCAGCCACUGCGGGUGCAAGGUGAGCUGUCGCCGCCUGCAGGGAGCGCGCUGGAAACUGUGCCUGCCUGCUGCCACGGUGAUCACCACAGCAGCGGCAGUUCGCAGACCAGCGUCCAGAGCCAGGUGCACGGCCGUGGGGAUGGCUCCUCUGGGGGCUCGGCCAGGGACCAGACGGAGGACCCUGCUAGCUCGCCCACUUCUAAGCGCAAAAGGGUCAAGUUCACGACCUUUACCACUCUGCCCACGGAGGAGCUGGCUUAUGACUCAGUGCCUGCUGGCGAAGAGGAGGACGAGGAAGAGGACCUAGGUUGGGGUUGUCCAGAUGUUGCUGGAACCACGCGGCCCACUCCGCCUCCGGACCUGCACAAUUAUAUGCGCAGAAUCAAAGACAUUGCAUAGUGGUGACUUGGAGGGGAGGGGGAUAUCCCCACACAUGUGGUGGCCUCUGACUGGGGCUCAGCCUGGACCCACCCAGGUCACAGGGACUCGGGGCAGCUGAAUGGAUUUUAUAGUCCCUGCCUGCCACUGCAGCUUUGGUCUAGCUGGUUGUGGCCAGAUCCACUUUGACCUUCUGCCCCUUGCCGGUAGAAGGCUCCAUCUAAACCCAGCGUGAAGCAGGGAGACAGUUCAGCCCUGUUCACCCUUUCCAAAUCUCAUUCCAUCUUAGACAUCCGUCCACUGCCCCAAGAUUGUGUCGCCAUGGCCAAACUUGGGGUCACGUGGGCCCACACUGUGCCCUGCUAUGCCUCCCAUGUCCCCAGUGGUGCCCCCUGUGCAGGGGACCCUAGUGGGGUCUUGUGUCACAGGUUGCACAAAGACUUUUCUUAAACAAAUAUUCAGGGAUUUCUGUCCUGCAGGGUGGGAAGUGGCGGCUGCCCGCCGUGCCAAGGAUCUUGCUGCAGACAGAACAUUUGAGUGUUGGGGAACAGUUGUGAUGUCUGCUGGUUUCUGGGUGGCUCCCAAGCUGACUGCAGAGGGUCCAGUGCGAAAUAGGCACAUUUCCUGUGGCUUCCACGGCUCCUUAGACUUGGGGGAGGGCUCAAGUAAGAGGGGCUUUCCUAUUUCUCUGGCCAAACCCCACCCACACAGCAAGCGCAGGUGAUGUGAGCCUAUCCCCACAGCAAGAUCAACACUACUGCGCCUUAGCCUGGGCUCUGCUCACUCCUGCUACCCUCCACACCACAGGGCAGGCAACCACAGCCAGCAUCCCUGAGAUGGAGGGGGCCAGCUGGGUGUAUUGCAAGGGCCCAUGGGGUGGGUGAAGGCAGAAGGAAACAAUUGCUCAAGCGCCUUGCCCAUUUACCCAGCCACACCUCUUGGGUUCUACCCACCACUGUGUCAGUUUUUCAUAAAUAAAUCGAAGGCAUCGGCCUGGGUUGGGGACAGCAGCUCCCUGCAAACAGACAGUACACAGAGGCUGGCUCUGUCUCCUCCUUGUAUGCUCACCACAGGACACCAUGGGGCAACACUGGCUACCUGAAGGCUGGUGUUCUCUUCCUUACACAGUUUGUCUCUUAAGACAUAUGGGUACCAUGUAAAGGUGGCCUUCAAAUUUAGGUCUUCUCUGGGAGUCGUCAGUGAUCAACGCAGGAGGAAAGAGCUGGCCUUGAGACUGGCCUAGGAAAGAGGUUUUAUGGGGGAAGGGGACAGGAAAGAGCUAUGUUGGACUUUGCACGCCCACCAGAACGUCUGUUUUCUUUUGCCUGCAUGGUGGAAGUCUUUUCUUGCAUCCACUGUUGUGGGAGCGUAUCUGUUCUUACCUAUAGAUCAGGUGGGAAAGCCCUGUUGGAUGUGGCUCUGACUUUGAAUGGGAAGAGCUUCUCUGGGCUUGGGAGCAUGUACAAGGUCUCCCAGGCGCCUGAGAGACCACAUAGCAUAGGUAGCAAGGUAGCUAGCAGGGAAACUAAAAAGAUCCUUCCACGGUAGCUAACCUAGAUCAUACACAGGACUGUAGUAGCCAUCUUGAAAGGGGAAGGACCUAUGGAAGCAGAUGGGUUGCAGAAACUACCAGAACAUGUUUUGUUGUUGUUCAGCACAGAAAGCCAGCUGACUUGCGUGGCUCUGUCCCACAAUCACUGUAGGCUUAGGCAAGGCUUUGUCCAUUCACAUGGUAGUCUCUGCACCUAACAGAUCAAAAGCUCAGAGAGUCACAGCAAGUGGGACCAGAAUCCAACUUCCCAAGAAGGCAUGGGUCUGAAUGGGGGAAACUGACAUUUCAGUAGCUUACCUUGUAUUUGGUAAUACAGCUCAGUGGCUAGAGAGAGCCACCCCAAAAGCUGAGCAUAGGGUGGGACCUGGGCUUAGGUCAGGCUUCCUGUUCAGAAACCAGGGCAUAAGCAUUUGCUGUACCUAGAGCUCAUGCAGGAUCCUUAUAGAGCAGAGGUUCUCAACCUUCCUAAUGCUGCAACCCUUUUAAUACAGUUCCUCAUGUUGUGGUGAACCCCAACCAUAAAAUUAUUUUUGUUGAUAUUUCAUAACUGUAAUCUUGCUACUGUUAUGAUUCAUAAUGUUGAUAUUGAUACUCAGGAUCUCUGAUAUGUGACCCCCAGAGGGCUCACCACCCACAGGUUGAGAACCACUGCCUUAGAGAACUAUGGGAGUGUCCAUCAUUUUUCUUAACCCUUCGUGCCUAAUAUGGUGCCUGGAAUUGGUAAGUGAUCAGCAAAUGUUUGCUGACUAGAUUAAAGUUCAAAUGCAGACGC